UUGCAGACGGAAGCGGCUGUGGAGGGGAAGGUGGCGGUUCCCCUGAGGAGGGUGUUUGUCUUUAAAGCUGACGCUCCCCGUCCCCCUCCCCGCAGGGAAGUCUGAGGGCGCUGCCGGCGCUGAAGUCCUUGUUGGGGUCCCCGCCCCGGAGCCUCUCUCAGCGGACAGGAGGGGGUGGCCUUUUCUGCAUUUCCGGGUCCUUCUGACUGUGAGUGUCGUGUGAGUUGAUUGAGACGCUGAGCUGACAUCUUUGAAGGCACAUUCUGUGACUCCUCAACAUAUCCUCGCCUGAGACGACAACCCAGACCCUGAUCAGGACCAGGACCAAAUGGCUGCUUGUCAGGGACCAUUGACCUUCAGGGAUGUGGCCAUAGAUUUCUCUCAGGAGGAGUGGGAAUGCCUGGACCCAGCUCAGCGGAAAUUGUACAUGGAUGUGAUGUUGGAAAACUACAGCAACCUGGCCUCCCUGGCUAUGUCAUCUGAAGAUGACCAGGCCUUUAUGCCUAAGCCCGGAGUACAAGAUUUAUUCUCUGAAAUAAUACUGCAUACACAUAAUGGAAAUAGCAGCUAUCAAUGGAUUGAACAUUGGAAAAAGUUUAAGCAAAAGUCAUAUUUUAAUCAUUGGAGAAGUGAGCUUGCAGAGGGCCAUUAUAAAAGUGGAAAUGUCUUUGACCAAAUGUCCAGUCACAAUAUACAUCAGGUUAUUCCUAUUGUGGAGAAGACACACAAUGGAAGUAAAUGUGUCCAGUCUUUUCAGCAGUCUUCAAAUUACAGUGAACAGGAGAAUAUUCAUUCUGGGGAGGAGGCUGAGAAAUGGAAUCCAUGUGGGAGAGUCUUCAGUCAAAUAUUCAAUCUAAAUAUAAUGGAAAAAUUCCAUAGUGGAGAAAAACCUUAUCAAUAUAAAGAUUCUGGUAAAACAUCUAAUUGGCCUUCAAGUUUCACUAUAAAUCAGAAAAUUCACACUGCAGAGAAGAGUUACAAAUGUGAAGCAUGUGGCAAAGCCUUUAAAUGUCAUUCAUCUCUUAUUGUACAUAAGGAAGGAAAUCAUACUAUAGCAAAAUUUCACAAACGGGGGGAAAAUGGAACAGGCUUUAGUCAGUCCUCAAGACAUAAUCAACAUCAUAGAAUUCAUACAGAAGAAAAGUCUUAUAAAUGUUCAGAGUGUGGCAAAGUCUUUAGCCGGCCCUCAACCCUUAAUAUUCAUCUGAGAAUUCACACUGGAGAGAACCCUUAUAAAUAUAGAGAAUGUGGCAAAUUCUUUAACAGCCAUGCAAUUCUUAGUAAUCAUCACAGUGUUCAUACUGAAGAUAAGCCUUAUAAAUGUAGAGAAUGUGGUAAAGGAUUCCUCCACAUCUCAAACAUGCUUCGACAUCAGAAAGUUCACACUGGAGAGAAACCGUACAAAUGUAUAGAAUGUGGCAAAGCCUUUAACCAAUCUUCCUCCCUUAAUCGUCAUCAGAGUGUUCAUACUGGAGAGAAGCCUUAUAAAUGUACAGAAUGUGGCAAAGCGUUCAGUGAGUCCGCAACCCUUAAUCGACAUCAGAGAGUUCAUACUGGAGAGAAGCUGUAUAAAUGUAGAGAAUGUGACCAAGCCUUUAGCUGGCCCUCAACCCUUAGUAAUCAUCAGAAAAUUCACACUGGAGAGAAACCUUAUAAAUGUAAAGAAUAUGGCAAAUCCUUUACCAGCCAUGCAGGUCUUACUAAUCAUCAAGGUGUUCAUACUGAAGAUAAACCUUAUAAAUGUAAAGAAUGUGGUAAAGCAUUCCUCCAUGCCUCAAACAUGAUUCGACAUCAGAAAGUUCACACUGGAGAGAAACCUUACAAAUGUAUAGAAUGUGGCAAAGCCUUUAGCAAUUCAUCUUCCCUUAUUAGACAUCAUAGGGUUCAUACUGGAGAGAAGCUUUAUAAAUGUAAAGAAUGUGGCAAAGCCUUUAGGCAGUCUUCAUCCCUUAGUUAUCAUCACAGAGUUCAUACUGGAGAGAGGCCUUAUAAAUGUAGAGAAUGUGGCAAAGCCUUCUGGCAAUCCCAAACUCUUACUGACCAUCAGAAAACUCAUACUGGAGAGAAGCAUCAUGAAUGUAGACAAUGUGGCAAAGUCUUUAGCCGGGCCUCAGUUCUUACUGCACAUCAGAGAAUUCAUACUGGUGAGAAGCCUUAUAAAUGUAGAGAAUGUGGCAAAGCCUUUAGCUGGUCCUCAAACCUUACCACACAUCAGAGAGUUCACACUGGAGAGAAGCCUUAUAAAUGUGGAGAGUGUGGCAAAGCCUACAGGCAUUCCUCAGCCCUUAUUUACCAUCAAAGAGUUCAUACUGGAGAGAAGCCUUAUAUGUGUGGAAAAUGUGGCAAAUCCUUUGGCAAUGCUUCAAACCUCUUGGCACAUCAGAGAGUCCAUACUGGAGAGAAAUAUUAAAGAUGUGAGGAGAAUAAUAAAUCCUUUACCAGCAGUGAGAACUUGCUGAACAUCACAGAAUUUUAAAUGGGAAGAAGCUUUCUGAAUGUGGAAAGUGUAGAAAAGUCUUUAAAAGGCAUUUUUGUAUUACUGUACAUGAGAGACUUUCAUACUAAAGAGAGACCUUACUAAUUUAGAGCAUGUGCAAGCGCUCAAAAUUUACUGAAUAACAGAGACGUUUAUAUUGGAGGAAACCUUACACUGUAGAAAAUGUGAGAAAGUGCUGGCUGGCAUUCCUCGGUGGUUUAGCUUUGACCUAUGAACCACAAGGUCAGGGUGCAAUUCCUGGUCAGGGCACAGACCCUGGUUGGGGACUCAAUCUCCAGUGUGGGGCAUGUAGGAGCCAGGUGUUCCGUGAUUCCCUCUGAUCAGUGAUACUCCUAUUACUCUCUCUCUUUUCCUGUCUAAAUCAUGAUGGUGGCGGCUGUGAGUGGUCCCAAUGGCUGCUGCCACUUGCCCAGGGCUGGGGCGGGCGGGGGAGGUGAGGCCCAGUGGUGGCAGCUGUGAGUGCUCCUGAUGGCCUGCAGGUGCUGCUUCAGCUCAGCCCACAGGCUCCUCUUGGCACCUCUCAUAGCCAUCGCCACAUGCUAUGGUAUAAAACACAUUGUGUAAGUUAACUGAAGCACAGGCACCACCUCCACGCCACACCCCCACUGAACCUGAGGCACCCUCCCCAAGCUGUUUCUGGUGAGGCCUGUGGGAAGAUCCUGCCCUCGGAGAGAACUGGCCACAGAGGAGGAGGGUGGCACUGCAUACAUCGGGGUGGGCAGCCUGGCUUCCUGCACACCGAGGGCCUGGGAGGACCCCAGCCACAGAGGUGGCACAGGGUCCACUGACAAUGAGGCAGCUGCCGUGGCAGCGGCCCCUGUGACUGAAGGCGUGUUGAUCAUCUGUGGAACCCUCUCAGCAGGCCGCCCUCACCCUCCUCAUCGCCGCUGGCUCAUCCCCGUGCAGCCUCCUGACUCGGAAGGUAUGCAAGUGCAGGGACAUUCACUGUGGCAGGCCAGAUUCACAUCCUCCUGGCCAUGCUGCGUGGGUUUGCGGGCCUGCACAGGCACACGCCUCCUGUGCGCACAUCAUCUUCCCCCUUCCUCCUGCUCAUGUGUGAAUGUCCCCCAGCGCACCGUCACCCAUGUGUGCCUGGACCACAGCGCAUGCACGUUUCCCGUCCUCUGCCACACUUCCCUCAACCCUGUCAUACCUAUAGGGUUGACACAAUGUGCACACGUCCCCUCUGGCACACUCAAGUCCUUUGGAGCAUGUCUGGGUGCUCAGGGUGAGCACUCUGUGAUAUGACAGAGGGCAGAGCAGUGACAACCUGUUCCCGUGUAGUCUAGUGUGGUGAUGAGAUUGCCUCUGUGGGGCUAAUGCAGGUGCUGAGGUGAGAGCAGGUGUGGACAGACACACCUGGUGGGCUUGGCAUGGCCCUCGCUGAGGUGCCUUCGCUCAGUGUUCCAGAUCAGGAACCCAGAGGAGGUGAGGAGGUUCGUCCUCUCGGUGAAACGGCGGGAGAGUUGGGGCGACUGCAGAAGAGGAAUGUGCACUCUGGGUGCCAGGACCCAUGAAUGAAGCCUGCCCUUACUGAACCUUGCUCGCUUGGGGCCUAGCUCACUCCUGCAGGGCAGUGAGUGACAGGACAUGCUUUUCCAAGUUAAUGAGAGAAAACAUUGAUUCUCCUGCUGCCCACAAAGGUGGGGAGAUAUGCAGGGAGUGAGUGAGAUUCCCCGCCUGGGGGUUCCAAACCUGCUGUUGGUUCCUUUCACCAUGACUAGAGAUGUACAGAAUGUCCCCACAAAAUGUAGACACACUUUUGAAUACCUACUAAUUACAAUGGGUUUAAGUAUGAAAAGAAACAACGGAGCUGUCAUCUGUUAAAAGUGUGGGCAUAAACUGGCAGUCGGACAUCCCCCGAGGGGUUCUGGAUUGGAGAGGGUGCAGGUCCGAAUUUUGUGCACCAAGCCUCUAGUAUAUAUGUAAAAGCCUAAUGUGGAAAUUAUCUGCUGGGGAGUUCAACUGGGAGAGUGGAAGUUUCAUCACUUGCCAUGAUGUGCACUGACCACCAGGUGGCAGUGAUGCUCUGAGACCUCUUGCAAGCUACUUCAGGGCAGGGGUGAUAGGGCCAGCAGUCUGGUGAGAAUGCAGGGUGUCCACCAAAGUCCCUCUUCCCCUGCUACCUGGGACACCAGGGCUCAUGCUCCAGGGAAGCCCCCUGUGCUCAGGUGCUGGCAUCCAUGAGGAGCCUGCCCCACAGCUGUGCAGCCUCUCCCAGCCACUGGGACCACAGGGGCAGUUUGGGCUUCCCUUGGGUUCACACAGGAGCCAGCCUGCAAGGCUGGCUGGGAGAGAACAAGCUGCUGCCCGGCUUCCCUGUGGUACUGCUGGGUGGCCCAGAGGCCCACACUGUGCCCCUGACCCUGGUGUCUGGCUGUGCUCACCACAUCUCCACGUGGGUACUCGGGCACAGUGACUCUGUGUGAAUAGACACCCCUUCUCAAAGUGAUCACCUCACCAAAGCCUGUGGCUAAGUUCCAUGUUACUGCCUCAUGCAGAGACUUGUGGUAAGGAUGUUCAUUUCCUUAUCUAUAAUAAAAGGGCAAUAUGCUAAUUAGACCACACAUAUUCUGGAGGUCAUUUUGGAUGCGCUUCCUGAUGAAGCUGAGGCCAGAAGGAAGCCAGCCUGUGUCCCAGCUGCCUGCAGACAGCUGGAGGAGAGAAGCAGCCCAGGUCCUGGGUUCUGGAGGGAAGCUAGUACCAGCAGCCGGGGGAAGGAAGGCCUACUCUUGCAUGAAUUUUAGUGCAUUGGACCUCUAAUGUGAACAUAAAAGGAAACAGUAAAACUAGCUUUCAAAUUUUUACUGGCAUCAUUUAUAUCCCAAAUAAUUUUAAACUUGAAAUAUACAAGUUAAUAUUCAUUAUUAUGUUUAUUGUGGAAAUUCUGAAGAUGGUACUGGUGGAUUUUGCAUAAACCAGAUCACAUAUGUAUGUUCCACAGACAUUUCUAAAAGCUUAUUUCCAAUGGAGGGCUUCCUGGUUCUUUUUUCAGAAAUAAUAUGAUUUUUGAAAAGUUUAAAGUGUUUUUAUCCUAAUAAGAUUUUAUUUUAUGUUUGUACUAGAGGCCCAGUGCACAAAAAUUUGUGCACUCGGCGGCCAGGAGGAGGGGGGGAGGUCCCUCAGCACGGCCUGUGCCCUCUCGUAGUCUGGGACCCCUCAGGGGAUGACCACCUGCUGGCUUAGGCCCACUCCCGGGGGGGGGGGGGCGGAAUUGGGCCUAAGCUGGCAGUCAGACAUCCCUCUGGUAGCCCAGGAGCCCUCGAGGGAUGUCCAAUUGCCAGUGGCAAGCAGACCUAAGCUGCAGUCAGACAUCCUUAGCACUGCCGAGGAGGUGGGAGAGGCUCCCAACCCACUGCUGUACUGGCAGCCGUCAGCCUAGCUUGUGGCUGAGCAGAGCUCCCCCUGUGAGAGUGCACUGACCACCAGCGGGCAGCUCCUGCAUUGAGUGUCUGUGUGUCAUAGUGACUAGUUAUUCCCAGUCAUUAUGCUGUUAGCGGCAAUUUGCAUAUUGCCCUUUUAUUAUGUAGGAUAGAGGCCUGGUGCAUGGGUGGGGGCCGGCUGGUUUGCCCUGAAGAGUGUCCCGGAUCAGAGUUGGGGGUCCCACUGGGGUGCCUAGCCAGCUGGGGUGAGUGGCUGAUGGCUGUUUGCAGGCUGGCCACAGCCCCUUCAGGGAGGGUGUCCCCACUGGGGUGUCUGGCCAGCCUGGGUGAGGGGCUGAGGGCCGUUUUCAGGCUGGCCACACCCCCUUCAGGGUGGGGGUCCUGCUGGGGUGCCUGGCCAGUCUGGGUGAGGGGCUGAUGGCUGUUUGCAGGCUGGUUAAGCCCCCCAGGGGGGGACUCACCCCAUGAGGGUGUGGCUAUCGUGGAUGAGGGGCUGAAGGCUGUUUGCAGGCUGGUCACAGCCCCCAGCCACUCAAACUCCCAGUGUAGGCUGGCUGGAAGCAGGUAUAUGGUAUUUAUUUGUCUUCUAUUAUUGAAACUUUGUUGCCUUGAACGGAGGCCACACGGCUGUGUGGAGGCCACACGGAGGCCAGGGCAGGCAGGAAGCUUGGCUUCUUCCAUCGCUGGGGCAACCAAGCCUCGUGCUUGCUCCAGCUCCGUGGCUGCUGGCCGCCAUCUUGGUUGUGUUAAUUUGCUCCGAUUCGCUGGUGCAAAUCAUGGCUUGGGCGUAGCAGAGGUGCAGUCAAUUUGCAUGUUUUUCUUUUAUUAGAUUAGAUGUUCACAUUGAAAGCAUUUUUUUAUUGAUUUCAGAGAGGAAGGGAGAGGAAGAGAUAGAAAUACAAAUGGCGAGAGAGAAAUCAUGGAUCCCCUGCUUCCUGCAUAGCCCACACUGGGUAUGGAGCCUCCAUCCAGGGCAUGCGCCCUGACCAGGAAUGGAAACCUGACCUCCUGGUUCUUGGUUCUAUGCUCAACCACUGAGCCACGCCGUCUGGGCAAAUUUCAUUAUUUUAAAUAAUUGUAUGCUUAUGCUGAGAUAGAUUUAAUGUUUUGGACAAAAAGUAUAAAUAAAAUAAGCCGAUAUCCCAGGACUCAGCUUGCUCCCACUCAUGUCUACUCACUAGGCAGAGAAUGUCCUGCUGUUUGUUUAUAGAUGAAAUCUUUUUCAGUGAAACAUACUUCAUAUUAGAUGUUCACUAACACAUAUUGUGGUAAAAAUUGUUUUGGGUAUAGAGGGAGAUGUAAUUAUUGGGUAUUUGAUCAAUGGUUUUAGACCUACAUUUCGGAGAAUGUGCCACCACACAAAAUGUUGCAGAAUUAAUGAUUCCUUUGUUGUUUAUUUUUGACCCUAAAUGUGCCCCAGUCUGGGCUUGAACCCGCAAGCCUGGCACAAUGGGAUGAGGUUCCAACCAACAAAGUUACUCGUUGGCCAGGACAAAAUUAAUAAAUCUUUUUGUUGUGAAUCCUCACCUGAGGCUAUUUUUCCAUUGAAUUUUAGAGAGAGUGAAAGGAAGUGGAACAGACAGAGAAACUUCUUUGUGAGAGAGACACAUCCAUUGGUACCUCCUGCAAGGGCCAGUGAUCCACCCUGCAAGGUAGGUACGUCCCCUUUACCACAAUCUAAGCCAGGACUGUCAGUCCAUGAGCCAAUGCUGUACCCACUAGUGACGCCAGCUAAGGCCAGAUUUAAUGAUUGUUGAGCUAAAAAUAUAUCCCAGUGACUUCUUCAGUGUGUAUCUUUGGUAGGUUUGUUAUCCAUACAUAACAGAUCACUCAGAACUAGAAAAUAAGAAAUGGGGGAUUCGGAACUGAUGAAGUGGCCAAAUAGGUUAUAAUCUUAUAUAGUAAAAGCCUUAUACGCUAAGUGUCCGACCAUUCAUUCGACCGACUGGUCACUAUGACGUGCAUUGACCACCAGGGGGCAGAUGCUCCUACCAGUAGGUUAGCUUGGUGUGGGUGUCUGGCCUAUGGGGACUGGGCAAAACAGGCCAGACACCCCAUGGAACCCUCCCGCGGUACCUCCCUGACCCCAAUUGUGCACUGGUGGGGUCCCAUGGCCUGGCCUGCAUCCUCUCACAAUUCGGAGCCCCUUGGGAGAUGCAGGAGAGUCAGUUUGGGCCCGAUCCCCGCAGGCCAAGUGGAAGAGGGAUCCCACCAGUGCACCAGGCCUCUAAUAAUAUAAGAACUAAACGUUCUGGCCCAGCCUGUGUUGCUUAGUGGAUGAGCAUUGACCCAUGAACCAGGAGGUCUGGUUAGAUUCCUGGUCAGGGAUCAUGCCCAGGUUUCCCCUUCAAUCCCCAGUCAGUGGAACAUUGAUUCUCUCUCAUCAUUGAUGUUUCUUUCUCCCUUCCUCUCUGAAAUCAAUAAAAUAUUCAAAAAAAUAAAUGUAGUUUCUCUUUUUUAUAAAUCCUUGGCCAAGGAUAUUAUUUCCAUUGAUCUCAAGAGAGAAUGGGUGGGAGAGUGGGCAGAAAGACAGAGAAAUAUUGAUAUGAGAGACACAUCAACUGGUACCUCCCUCAGACACAAAGGGGGGGGCUGGAGAUCAAACCUUCCACUGAGGUACUAGACCUGACUGGGAAUGAAAUCUGUGAUUGUAGGGAGGACGGCACUGUAAUCCACCGAGCCACACCUGCUGAGCUGUAGAUUCUCUUUGAAGGGACUUAAAAUAAAUUUGAAAGUACAUUAUAUGAGAUAUGACUAACAUAAACAUAUCACCAUGUGAAGAAGUUUAUCUCAAAGGUAUUUCUAACCCUGUCCCCUUUGGCUCAUUUGUCUGCAUGUAAUGCCCUCCACCAAAAGGUUGCAGGUUUGAUUCCUGCUCCUACAAAUGCCCAGAUUGGGGGAGUGAUUCUAGAUCUCCUCACAGCGCUUUCGGGAAACAACCAAUGGAUGUUUGUUUGAACAUGGAUGUUUCCAUCUCUCCCUCUCUAAAUUCAGUUUUAAGAAAAAACACAAACUUUAAAAAUAUCUUCAAAGCAAGGCAUUUCCCAGCUUUCUGCUGCACCAGAGAGCUGUUCUGCCAGCUGGAGGCACCUGUGUGUAGGAGCCUAAGUGAAAGCAGUGGAGAAGGGCUAUGUGCAAUGAUGAAUUUUGCUUAAUGUAAGCCACUAAACUUUGUGGUGUUUUAUUCCACAACAAAGACUAGUUGUAAGAGAAAAGACUUCCUGAGAUGGAGGUGCUCAGUAAUUAAAACCUAAUGCCUGUGACUUGGCUGGAUGGAGACUGUGGACGCUGCAAGCGAAGCAACGAGGAUGGCAGUCUGGAAGCACAGAAAUCCUGUUUUUUUGUUUUGUUUCUGGAAAUCAUGUUUAGUUCCAGGGAAAAAAACUUCUGCCAAUAGCACAUGAAGCAGAGCAACCAACCACCCCAUAGGUUCGUAAGACAUACUGAAGUAUUAUUGCAUUAAGAGAAUCAUGCCGAAACCGGUUUGGCUCAGUGGAUAGAGCGUCGGCCUGCGGACUGAAAGGUCCCGGGUUCGAUUCCGGUCAAGGGCAUGUACCUGGGUUGCGGGCACAUCCCCAGUGGGAGAUGUGCAGGAGGCAGCUGAUCGAUGUUUCUCUCUCAUCGAUGUUUCUAGCUCUCUAUCUCUCUCCCUUCCUCUCUGUAAAAAAUCAAUAAAAAUAUAUUAAAA